AUGAACCAGGCGAACCACGUGAACCUGGGGGACUAUGGAAAGGCCAAGGUGUACCUGUGGAAGACGGACCGAACGAGCGAGGAGCUGUUCCAAGAGGUCGCCAAUAAACUGAGGAAUCUAUACGGGCAGAUAAAUUACGAUGACUUGUUUCACCACCUGCAUGGAUACAUUAACCAUAUCAAUGCGAGCGACAAUGAGUUAUUCUUGCGCAGCGAGCUUCCCCUAUGGGAGUCUUCAAACAAGCACGCGGACACAGAUCACAAGGACGAAUCAUUUUUUGACAUUUUUAAAAAUGCGAGUUAUGUUCGCAGGAAUGGGAGCCUCUCCAUUAGCUACAUCGACCUGGUUGACAAGGCCAUGCGGGUGGACCGAGUGAAUUUUUUCUCUAAUGUGUUUAUAUCGAUUGGGGUCCACGAGCUGCGCGAGGGGGGGGAAGCAGCCAAAGGGGGCUGUGUGUUUGUACAACGGGUUCUAGUGAUCCCGUCCUCCGACAAGUAUGAUGAUUAUAUUAUGUCUCAGAUUAUGAAAAUAAAUGAGAGCUUCCUUUUUGCAAGUGGACCUGGUGGAGGUACCGUCGGAGGGGACGUAAGUCAUGGUGGUGGCGAUGGGUAUAGGAACUCCCCCCCAGAGGUAGCCUGCUCAAAAGACCUAGUCAUAGAUGUGCAAGAAAAAAAAAAAACAAACCCAAGCGAGUACAUAAAGCAGGGGAAUUUCUCCCUCUUAAAGAACUCCGCAUACUACUUGGAAGAUAAAGGAAGGAACCUGACAGAAGGCUUCUGCGAAGGAAUACAAAUCGGUGAAUGUGCAUUCGUCGAGUGGGGAGGGUGUGUCCUCCGAUGAAUGAUGACUAAGGAGAGUGUGAGGAUGUACAUGCAAGAGCUUAUGGAGAGUGCUAACUGCGAGUCGGUUCGGACAGCUAAGGUGGGCAGCGAGAGUGUGUUGGAUCGCCGCAGACGAAGGCACCAGGAGGGGGUCUUCCCCGGGCCCUGCAGGUCGUUUGGGAAUGUUCCGAAGGAGGGGAAGGAGGGGAAGCGGGAACAGGAGGGGAAGUGGGAACAGGGCGAGAAAGGUAUGACUGGCACGAAUGCCACUCCUGGUUUGAAUGUCACACCUGGUGUGAAUAUCACUCAUGGUAUGAAUGCCACUCCUGGCCGGCCUGCCGAGAGGCGAAGCCUGCACCUGAAAAAGAGCCUAAGCAACAGGGACCUCUCCAGCAAGACCAACCUUAGCAGUCGCAAAAACAGCUACGACAAUAACCUCUACGUGAACAUAAAGAGGUACUACAACGACGUUAAGUGGAGCAUUUUGAGCAAGACCAGUCAGAUCACAACGAAGGGGGGAGGCGAGGGGUUUCUCCUAUAUGAGGGGGCUCCCCGAUUGUCCAAGUGUAGUGCGUACGAGGAGGGCAGGGGGAAGGACCCUCACCGUGUGGAGCCGCGAUUGGGGGCAGCAGGGGAGGCGGCUUCUGAUAUGGCGGCUGCUGAUAUGGUGGCGGCUGACCUGGUGGCUGCUGACCUCGCGGGGGGAGAAGAGAGAGAGGCAAAUCACCCAGAGAGACGAGAUGGAGAUCCCAUGGGAGGGGGAGUGGUGUCGUUGGAAAGCGCCCAAGGGAGUGGAGGAGGCUCGCCCAGUCGGCGUUCCGAUGGGGGCGUCCGACAUGAUGGGCAUGGCGAGGAAGAGGAACGCGCAGAGGAGCAGGACGGUGUGCAUGACGAUGUGCAUGACGAUGAGAAGGACGAUGUGCAUGGCGAACCGCAUAACGAACCGCUUAACGAACCGCUUAACGAACCGCGUGACGAACCGCUUAACGAACCGCGUGACGAACCGCUUAACGAUGAGCAGAGCGACGACUACGAUGAUGAGCAGAGUGACGACUACGAUGAUGAACAGAGUGACGAGUACUAUGACGACUGUGGCGGUGAGCGUGAGGGGUUCCCCGAGGAGGAUUCCCAAAGCGCAGAGGCGAACGAAGGAAGGGAAGAGGACGCCCCACACCCGGGGUGGAGACAAUACCCCCCACGAGGAACAUCCAAGAAAAAAUCAAAACAGAGCGAUAAAGAAGGAGUAGCAAAGAAUAAAGAAUAUGAAGUGAGAAAAAAAGAAGGAGAUGUGUUUCUACUUCUGGGAAGUCCAUUGGAUUCAAUAGACAGCUACUUGGAGUGUUAUGAAUUAAUUAAAGAGAGAAACGAUGGUGAUGAUGAUAACAUAUCCGAUGGGAAUAUCUCGUUCUGUAUAGCGUUAAGUAUGUAUCUAUAUGUAACACAGAACUGGGGUCAUUUCUGUAGAUUGAACAAUAAUGAAAGAUAUACGUUCCGUUUUGCAGAGGUUGUUGAGAGCAUACUAGUUCAGACGUAUGAAAGGUUGCUUCCGAGUAGGUACACUCACUAUGCGAACUUCUUCUUCGAUGCUUCUUCGUAUAGUGGAUCCAUGAAGGAGAAAUCGCACCACCAUGCCUAUCAUAACAGUGCUCAUUUUUACCUGUACAAUUUGGACCAAGCAAGUGACUCUCCAUCGUCAGGGGUGAUUAAAAAUAUAAGCUCCUUCAUUAAUGUCCUGAAUGAGCACGAGAGGGGGGAGGAUGAGGGGGAGGACUACUCCGGAGAUGAAUUUACUGAGAAAAAAUUUUCCUUCUUCAAUAUGAGUAUUAAAGGACACAACACGUUGAUUUAUCUGAUUGGAUUUAUGGAGCACAAGCUAAGUGAAGCCUUGUCUGUCAUGCGGAAUGCUUGUGUUGUAUCUCCCGGAGGAGAGUCCCAUGAUGCUGCCUCUUUACUACCUGAACAGGAGCUAUUCGCAGAUUACCUUCUAUGCUAUCUGAAGUACCUCCUAGCGAUUAAAAAGAAGAGGCAUAUUUUUACAGCCAUGAGAAAGUACUCCUGUGUGACUGAGCGGUUCAAUCACCAUUUGUAUAUCCGAUUUUAUGUCGAGCUAGCCAACAUCUACCAACACAUCGGGGCCAGCCGAAAGUUUGCCUUCACCAUUUAUCUCCUGUGCACUCGCUUCUUUGAACAGAGGAGGUUCUACUUGACGUCGACUUGGACUGGGGCGGACCGGAGGGGUCAGGGUGGACCGAACCGACUGGACCGGCUGGACCGACUGGACCGACUAAACCGACCGAACCCCCUGGAGAAAUGCCCAAGGAGGGAAGGAGCGACCAACCGAACGACUUCCUAAAUGGAUGAGAGGGAGAAGCGGAGGAGUAGGUCAUACUUGAGGAGGCUGAGUCAGGGAGGGGACGUGUGCUUUGGUGGGGGAGUUCACGCACAUGGGGGGGAGACGCACCAGGGGGGAGAGACGCACCAGGGGGGGGAGACGCACCAAGGGGGGGGGUGUCCUUGUGGCACCCUCUCGUGGGACUGUUCCUCUUCGGGGAGCUCCUCUCAGGAGGAGGAUUCGUCUAGCAGCGACGCCGAGGGGUGGAGCUACGAAGGUGGAGGGAGAAGCUACGAAGGUGGGGGGAGAAGCUACGAAGGUGGGGGGAGAAGCCACGACGGGGAGAAGACACCCAACAGGUCAGAUUUCCCAAAAAAGUCUCCAAAAGAGGACAAAUCGAAGAAGAAAAAGAGCAGCAGAAGGAAAAAUAACUCACAACGUCGAAAGCAAAUUCACUUCCUCUGCGGACUGACAGAAGGAAGGUGCGCACCUUCUCCUGUAUUACUCAACAUACAAUACAUAAAUGAGACAAAAAAUUAUGAAAAAUUUUACAAAAAGGUGAGCAUUCCUCAAUCGGACAAUAAAGGAACGGAAGAAUAUGCUGGUGAAGAAAGAGACGUUUUUAAAUAUAAUCCUUUUUGCGAAGUGGAGAGAAACACAAGAAUUAACAACAUCUGUGAAUUGAACAGUAUUAACCAGGUAGAGGUAACUCUGAAGAAUACACUCUCCACUUACUUAGUUUUAAGCAAUGUAAGACUCAUCACUUCUGGAGUUGCUGUAGAAACGUAUGCAUCUAAUGUGGUUUUUCUCAUGGCUAAGAAGAAGAACCACUUAACGAAGGUUCGUCUCUCUUUCAGGGCUAAAGAAACGGGUCUUUUAUUUCUCCUUGGGGUUUCCUACUGCAUCAGCUCUCUCCACUUUGACCAGUACAUUCUAUACGACACGUCCAUUCUUAGGAAGUGUUUCAUGGGCGAUGCUUGUGGGAAGUCCGUCACGCGGGAGAAUCAGUCCGGUGAUGCAAAGAGUGCGCAGAAAAAUUAUGAACAUGUUCAGGUGGAAAUGGCUGGAAGGGGGGAAAAUGCCGAAAAGGGAGAAAAUGCUGAGAGGGGAGAAAAUGCCGAAAAGGGCGACAAUGCUGGGACGGGCGAAAAUGCUGGGACGUGCGAAGAUGCUGAGAAGCGUGCGCACGCGGAGGAGAAACCCAUUGGUUCCCAUCUCAAUCCUGGGAGUAAUAACAAAAUGGACAGAGCUGCACUGCUAAGCUACGCGUUGAAGAUAUCGAAUACAUGCUCCGUCUUUGUCAUUAAGAAUUAUUUUUGCAUCAGCUCCGAAAUCAAGCUUUUUAACUUUAGUAGCACGUCCUCCUGCACGGAGAAGUCAAACCAUUCGAGCGACGAGGAAGAGACCAACCUGAGAAGCACCGAACACGUGGACGAAACGAAUGAAAACCUUUACUUCUCUAUUGACGCAAGACACACAGAGUUACUCGAAGGAGAAACAAAAUUUUUGUGCCUCAUUUUGGAAAACAAGAGUUCCCACGUGGACAUAAAUUGCCUGAACGUUCAGAUGAGGCGUAACUGUGGAAGUGAGGAGAAAGCAGAUGUGAUUCGAAUCGGAGAAGGGGAACCACUAACAGUUAGGAGAGAUCACUGCUUGUAUAUCCCGAUCAGGUGCAUCGGCUCCAUUUUAAUUAAUGAGUGCGACGUACGUGUGGUCUACUCGAGUGAAAAGAGCAGUGCCUACUAUGCCAUCCAGAAAAUGAAGCUUCGCAUUAGUGUCCUCAGAAACGUGUUUGUCGACCAGCUGUCCUGCUUCCCCUACGUUAGUUUUAACCUGACAGAUGUGCUAAACGAAAUGGUGAACUCAAAUUUCUACAGUGCGAGUGUUAUCAGUGCUUUGAGUCGAGUUAUGAUCACUGGGGAGACGGAUGAUGUAGCCGAGGGGGAGGACGUGAACACUGUUCAUGACCUCACCAUCUGCACGGACAAUAAGUAUAUGUUCAUAGAAUUAUUCAUCAGAAAUUUCAGCGGGUACGUUAAUUACUGCUCUGCGAAGAAGGUGGGUAGGAGGCGGCCCACGUGCGUGGUGGAGACAGAUGACAGCCCGAGUAAAUGGGUUCUAUGGGUUCAGAGAAUCAAGCGAAAGAAGAACCUCUCAUUCGCUAGCCGAGAAGAUGCAAUGAAAUAUUUUUUAUUGUACAUAGAUGUGCACGUGUACCUCACGUUCGACCGACAUAAGAAGUCCGGACUUCUCAGUCUCUACAGCUCCUACCUUAACAGUGUCUACAUCUAUGGAAAUGGAAUAGGACGCUUCUUUCUCAAUUUUGAGAGGGAGGAGUUGACAUCACGGGAGGGGUGCGCACAUCAGCAUAGUGCUCUUUCUGUGACGGAUGGAUCCAUCGGGGGGGUGCAGCGGCACGGGAAGGCGACGCCCAAGCGGGAGACCCUGUUCUGCGCGCGGGGGGAAGUGAGGGAGAGGGAGGCGGCAGAGGUGGGAGAGGCGGAAGUGCGAGAGGCGGAAGUGAGGGAGGCUGACGAGGUGGGAGAGGGUCCCCACCCGAAGAUCCCCCACCUGAAGACCCCCCACCUGAAGACCCCCCACCUGAAGAACCCCCCCUUCCGAACGAGCUUCCCGAAUGACAUUUUCUACCCAUCAGUAGUGUUAAGUCCCAAGUUCUACAAUUGCAAAAAAAAAAGCAGCGUGAUCAUCCCCAAGUGUUCCAGAGCGUUGAAUUUCAAACACAUGAACGAAAUCGAAAUUAAAAAAAAUUAUUUCGAGUCCUCCAUUGGGGAAUUCUUCGUUAUUAAAGUAUUUUUGAAAAAUUUAUCUCAUCUGAAUCUUGGGGAGUACACCCUUUUGGUUUAUCCCUCCAACUUCAGCUGCAUAAAGUUAAUUGGGAGUUUGAGCAGUAGUGGGUCUCUUGGACGGGCGUGGACAACGAACCAAGGAAUCUCCAAAGGAAGAAGAAAGAAAGCAAGAGGAGUGAAAAAAAAAACACACCUGCUGCACUCGCUAAACGUGUAUUCGCUGUUUCGGGGCAAGGUUUUAUUUUACGUCGCUGUGUACUUCCAUGCAUAUCACGCCUUGCUUUUCCACCACGAGCCGAUUCUGGUGACGGUCGUUUAG